GGGUUAAUUUCCGGUCACGGACGAUCCAAGAUGGCGGCUCACAUAUCGCGGUGCAGAACCUGGAGUCGGGUUCACAGGUUCGGUGUAGCAGCGUACAGGAAGUACAGCAGCGGAGGCGGAUACCCCAACAUCUCUCUGUCCACGCCGCUGCAGGGAAUCCCCAAACCCGUGUUUGCGUCCGUGGACGGUCACGAAAAGUACGAGACCAAGAUCACUACUCUAGAAAACGGCCUCAAAGUCGCCUCCCAGAACAAGUUCGGUCAGUUCUGCACCGUUGGAAUUUUAGUCAAUUCUGGCUCCAGACAUGAAGCAAAGUACCCAAGUGGAAUAGCUCACUUCUUAGAGAAACUCGCCUUUUCUUCCACAGCACAAUAUGGGAGUAAAGAUGAAAUCCUCCUCACGCUGGAAAAACACGGGGGGAUAUGUGACUGUCAGACGUCCAGAGACACCACCAUGUACGCGGUGUCUGCUGAGGUGAAAGGUCUGGACACGGUGGUGAGUCUCCUCUCGGACGCCGUCCUCCAGCCUCGUCUGCUCGACGAGGAGAUCGAGAUGACCAAGAUGGCCGUGCGCUUCGAGUUAGAGGAUCUGAACAUGAGGCCGGACCCGGAGCCGCUGCUCACGGAGAUGAUUCACGCUGCUGCGUAUCGAGGUAACACCGUGGGGCUGCCUCGAUUCUGUCCCGCGGACAACGUGGACAAGAUCGACAAGCAGGUGCUUCACGGGUACCUGCGCAACUACUACUGCCCCGAGCGCAUGGUGCUGGCGGGAGUCGGCAUCGAGCACGAGCAGCUGCUGGACUGCGCCAGGAAAUACCUGCAGGACGCGAGGCCCGUGUGGGGGACGAGCGCGACGGGCAGCGUGGACCUCUCCGUGGCUCAGUACACCGGCGGCAUCGUCAAGAUGGAGAAAGACAUGUCCGACGUGAGCCUCGGCCCCACCCCGAUCCCAGAGCUCACCCACAUCAUGAUCGGCCUGGAGAGCUGCUCCUUCCUGGAGGACGACUUCAUCCCGUUCGCCGUUCUCAACAUGAUGAUGGGAGGAGGCGGCUCCUUCUCGGCCGGGGGACCCGGGAAAGGCAUGUUCACCCGCCUCUACCUGAACGUGCUCAACAGGCAUCACUGGAUGUACAACGCCACCUCCUACCAUCACAGCUACGAGGACAGCGGCCUGUUGUGUAUCCACGCCAGUGCAGACCCCAGACAGGUGAGAGAAAUGGUGGAAAUAAUAACCAGAGAAUUCAUUCAGAUGGCCGGCAGCGCAGGAGAGAUGGAGCUGGAAAGAGCCAAGACUCAGCUCAAGUCGAUGCUGAUGAUGAACCUCGAGUCGCGGCCGGUUAUUUUCGAAGACGUCGGUCGCCAGGUUCUCUCCACCGGAAAGAGGAAGCUGCCACACGAGCUGUGUGACCUAAUAAGCAACGUGACGGCCGGCGACAUUAAGAGGGUGACCACCAAGAUGCUGCGCAGUAAGCCGGCGGUGGCGGCGCUCGGCGACCUGACGGAGCUGCCGUCCUACGAACACAUCCAGGCCGCGCUGUCCAGCAAGGACGGACGCCUCCCACGCACGUACCGCCUCUUCCGAUAGAACCCGCGGCGCCAUUCAGAACUACGGCCGCUGUAAAUAAACUGGACUGGAAGGUUACACUCGUUGUUCCCUCCCCCCCGGGGGCACAGAACUCGACACAGCUCACUCUGUGGGAGGGAACCGAACUCAUGGGCUCCAAAUACUCUACAGUGACCUUAAGCUACACACAGCUGCAGAGUCGGCAUUUAUCGUAUGUGAGCGGGAAGUCGUGCAUCGUUAUUUACUAGGAUGGUUUUGUUUUUAAAGGGACAGUUCACCCGCAGAACCAAAAUGAUCAUGUUAACGUCUCCACUGUUAUAAUUCCCCCCUCCUCAAUUAACAGGUGCUGUAUAAAAUAUUUAGUUGGAUUUAAACCGUUUCAUACGACAGCACUUUAUUUAAGUCCCCCUCACGUGCACUGGAGACACGAAACCUGGAACCCUUCGAGAACCAAGACUGAAAUCAUGGUUUCUGGAAGUAAAGUUAAAGAGAAAAAUCUGCUAAUUGUUUGUGUUUUUAGGGAAAUAGUUUGACAUCUUGGCAGGAGAAGGUUUUAGAUGAGAAGAUAGAACAGCAUUCUAGCUUAGCAUGAAGCUGUCAUUGCUGCAAAGAGCCAGGCUAAUGGGAGUUAUGCUAAGCUAACUGGCUGCAGAUGCUGUGCUGCCGGAGCGUUAGCUUGAAUUAGCCUGCUGUGUUCGUACGAAUAAAGAGGAAUAUAUAGCGUCUUUAUAAAGCUGAUGAAUAAAUCGUGUUAGUUCUGAAUUUUAUUUAAAUGUAACUUGGAGCUAAAUGCUACAGUUCUGCUACGUGUUUGUAGCUCUGGUUUGAACCGUCUCCACAUGUAAAUAAAACAAGAAUCGGCCUUUUCAUCUAAACUUCUGCCAGAAAAACGAAAUUAAUCGACCCCGCGUUUACUGUCCUGGUGUGGAAAUGUUACAUAUGUGAACUCAGCUGGUAAAUUAAUGUAAUUACAUAAAUAAAAAUUCUAUAUUUUAAAA